UUAACGUUACCUAACGUAAAGCGUUUCCCUCAUAGAGUCUUACUGUUGGAUCAAGUCAUUUUGACGGUUUGAUCAUGAAGCAGGAAGCCAGCCCACGGCGUGAGCGUGUGAAGUCCAUCUUUGAUCAGGAAGCUCCAUCGGGUCGCAGCUCCUCCCGCUCCAGCAUCAGCAGCGACAGUGACAGCUCGUACUCCAGCAGCAGAGGAAGCCGUUCCUCUCGCAGGUCACGGAGCUCAUCCUCCGACAGUGACUCUUCCUCACGCUCCCGCUCCCGUUCCCGCUCCCGUUCCCGCUCUCAUCCGCGCUGCUCGGGCCGUUCGCGCUGCCGCCACACACACCAUUCUCCUCCUCGCCGCUACCGUGCUCGCUCUCGCUCAUACAGCCCUACUCCCCAGGGUUCCUCCCGCAGACGCUACCAUCGCCACAGUCCUUCUCCAUCCCCCUACAGCUACUCCAGACGCUCCAGGCGUUCCCGGUCCCGCUCUCGCAGCCGUUCGCCAGUCUACUGGAGGGGAAGUAGGUUUGUGGGGCGGUACCGGUGCCGUUUCUCCCGCUCACCCAAGAACUCCAGAGCAAACAGAAGCCGGUCUCGCAGCCGUGAACGCUCUGCCAUCCGCCUUAGCCUUGAGGAGAAGAAGUAUCUGUUGGAUGUCGCCAAAGCAAAUGCUGCCAGGAUUCUGGGAGUGCAGAACUUGGAGCUGCCAGCUAGUCUGAAGGAGGAGGAGAAGAGGAGAUCUUCAUCUGAUAAAGAGGAAAGGUUGAGGACUGACCUGGCACCACUGAAGACUCUAGCACAGGUAAACGGUGUUACCACUGAUGAUGGUGAGGCAGGGACUUCUCAGACAUCACCCAAGACGAAGCCAAUUACCUUCAGCCUCAAUAAUGCAAUUGCCAAACCUUCAAACAGCCCUACGCUUCAUGACAGUAAGGUAACAUCAAGAGCCGACAGUGUGGCGGACAGGAAGCCAUAUGGACACUGGGUCCCCUUUGGCAAAUACUCUUCUAAAAAUAAUAAACACUGAGAUUCAACAGUGGUGUAAAAAGACUGUAACUAUUGUAAAUAGUUUAUGUAGUGAACACUUGGGUUGGGGUGGAUAAGUUGGGACUCAUAAAUUCAUCAUAAAUAUUUUCUUUCAGAUAUAAAGUUGGUUUUAUUGGAAGAAGGCAAGAUGUCAAACAGGUGGGAAAUAUUGUGUACAUAUUGGUGUUUUUGUGUUGUACCGUGGCUGUUUCUGAAUAAAGAAUGCAAAAAAAAUUCCUGUUGU